UGUGUCUCAUAUCGGCUCUACCUUCUUCAAUUUCUCACUUUCUCGCCUUAGAUUUUCUUUCCAAACAAGGACUGAGAAACGCCAAGAAAAUCCCAUUGUAUUUCAGUCUUCGGUUCUCCCGAUUGAAGAAAACAUUUCUGAAGCUGGAGAUCACCACUUUCUCAACGGAGUUGGAUCCGUUCACUGAGACCGCGAAAUCUGUUUUGGUAAGUUUGUCUUUGAAAAAGCGCCGUAGGUUUAUUCAAUUUUUGUGGAACUGAGAAACCUUAGUGAGAGCAGGUUAUUGUCUUUGUUCUUAGGUUAUUGGAAGAAGCGGUAGGUUAUUUUAGGGUUUGGUAAUUCGGAGAAAAAGGAGAAAACGGUGGCGUUUUGUUGGGGUGGUGCUGCCUCAUGCGAUUUGAUGCCGCCUGAACCGUUGCCUUGGGAUCGGAAGGAUUUUUACAAGGAGAGGACGCAGUCGCUGCCACAGCAGCCACUGACGGCUCGAUGGAGAGACUCUUCGAUGUUGCCUUAUCAGCAUGGAUCUUUUAGAGAAUUUACUCGUUGGGGAUCCGCUGACUUCCGUCCUCCUCCUGGUCAUGGUAGGCAGGGCAGUUGGCACCAGCUUGAGGAAAAUGCUGGUCAUGGAUAUGUUCCAUCGCGAUCAUGUACCAAGAUCUUGGUUGAUGAGAAUUUCCGUCAGUCAGAUUCUCAUGUAGAUGGGAAAUAUGGUCGAAACAGUAGGGAAAACAACAGAGGUUUUUAUAGCCAGAGAGAUUGGAGAGGUCAUUCUUGGGAAAGCUGCAAUGGGUCCCCAAGCACUCCUGGGAGGCCUCAUCACGUCAAUAAUGAGCUGAGGUCCAUGGAUGAUAUGUCAUCCUAUUCUCAUAUUCAUUCUGACUUUGUGAAAACAUGGGAUCAACUUCAAAAAAGCCAGCAUGAUAAUAAGACAAGUGCUGUAAAUGGGGUAGGCACAGGACAAAAAUGUCAGAAAGAGAAUUCAGUAGGCUCAAUUGAUUGGAAGCCUCUGAGGUGGAGUCGCUCUGGAAGCUUGUCUUCACGGGGUUCAGGCUUCAGCCAUUCAAGUAGCUCAAAGAGCUUAGGAGGUGUAGAAUCUGGUGAAGGGAAACUUGACUUGCAACAGAAAAAUUUGACUCCCGUCCAGUCUCCUUCUGGGGAUGCAGCAGCCUGUGUCACAUCUGCCGCACCUUCUGAUGAGACAAUGUCAAGAAAGAAGCCACGCCUUGCAUGGGGUGAGGGUCUGGCUAAGUAUGAGAAAAAGAAAGUUGAAGGCCCUGAUACAAGAACAGAGAGAGGUGGGGCUAUGAUUUCCGUCUGUAAUACAGAGUCGAACAAUUCUCUGAGUUCUAACUUGGCAGAGAAGAGCCCUAGAGUCCUUGGAUUUUCUGACUGUGCUUCUCCUGCAACUCCUUCAUCUGUUGCUUGCAGUUCCUCACCUGGUGUCGAAGAAAAAUCAUUUGGCAAAGCUGCAAAUAUUGAUAAUGAUAUUAGUAAUUUAUGUGGUUCUCCAAGUAUUCGUUCUCAAAAUCAUCUAGAAGAACCAUCUUUUAAUUUAGAUAAAUUGGAUAUCAAUUCAAUUAAUAAUAUGGGCUCUUCACUUAUUAAUUUGCUUCAGCCUGAUGAUCCUUGUACUUUAGAUUAUAGUUUUGUUCGGUCUACUGCAAUAAAUAAGUUGCUACUGUUGAAAGGUGAUGUGUUGAAGGCUUUGGAAAUGACUGAAUCUGAAAUUGAUUCACUUGAAAAUGAAUUCAAGUCGUUGAAAGAUGACACUAGAAAUGGAUGUCCUUUUCCAGCAACAUCUAGUUCUCUUCCUAUUGAGCAACUUGGGAAAGCUUGUGGUGAACAAGAGACCGCAUCCAGUAUGAUCCCUCGACCUGCCCCUUUGAAGAUUGAUACUUGUGCUGAUGUUGCUGUGGAGAACCUGCCCCUUUGUAAUGGUGUCCUGGAAGAAGUUAACGAUGUUAAAGACAGGGAUAUUGAUAGUCCUGGAACAGCAACAUCUAAAUUUGUGGAACCAUCGUCUUUGGAGAAAGCAGUUUCUCCGUCUGAUAUUGUGAAGCUCCACGAAUGCUCUUUUGAUUUGGGUUCUGUUCAAACAAUUGAUAAUGAAGGCAGUGUGCUUAAAAAGAUUGAUAAUGAUGCACCUGUUUCAGAAUCUUCAAGCUCUGAUGCUGGUGGAGAGAAUGUUAUGUACGAAAUAAUAUUGGCUGCUAAUAAGGAAUUGGCUAAUGUAGCUUCUGAAGUAUUUAAUAAACUACUGCCAAAAGAGCUCAAUGGUGUUUCAGUUUCUGAAAUUGCUAAUGUAGCACGCAUGCAGUCUGAUACCAUAAUCAGGGAAAAAAUUGCAAUGAGGAAGCAGUACUUAACAUUUAAGGAGAGAGUUUUGACACUUAAAUUUAAAGCAUUUCAGAAGGCAUGGAAGGAAGAUAUGCGAUUGCUUUCGAUGAGAAAAUGUCGUGCAAAGUCUCAGAAGUAUGAACUAAGUUUACGUUCAGCGCAUGGCGGCUACCAAAAGCAUCGAUCUUCUAUUCGUUUCCGAGUCACUUCUCCUGCUGGAAAUCUGGUCUCAGAACCUAGUGCAGAGAUGAUCAAUUUUGCUAGCAAACUACUUCUAGAUUCCCAUGACUGGAUUCACAGGAAUGCUUUGAAAAUGCCAGCAUUAAUUUUGGAUGAUAAAGAGAAGAAGGUUUCGAGGUUUAUCUCUAGUAAUGGAUUGGUUGAAGACCCAUUAACUAUUGAGAAAGAAAGAGCUUUGAUCAAUCCUUGGACAUCAGAGGAGAAGGAAAUUUUUAUAGAUAAAUUGGCUUCCUUUGGGAAGGACUUCAGGAAAAUUGCAUCCUUUCUUGAUCACAAGACUACUGCACACUGUGUUGAGUUCUAUUACAAGAAUCACAAGUCUGAAUGUUUUGAGAAAACAAAGAACAAGAAUGAUCCCAGUAAGCAGGGGAAGUCUGCUGUGGAUACUUACUUGUUGACAUCGGGGAAAAAACGGAGCCGUGAAAAUGCAGCAUCCCAUGAUGUUCUCGGUGCAGCUUCAGUUAUAGCAGCUCAUGCCAAAAGUAGCAUUCAAAACCGGCAUAAAUCUUCUGGCAGGAUCUUUUUAGGAGGGAGGCUUGUUUCAAAAACAUCUCGAGUUGAUGAUAGCAGUGCUAUAAGGUCUUCUAAUUUUGAAAUUGUUGGAAGUGAUCAAGAUACCGUUGCUGCUGAUGUUUUAGCUGGUAUAUGCGGUUCUUUCUCUUCAGAGGCAAUGAGUUCCUGUAUCACUAGUGCUGGCCCUGGAGAGAGUUACCAUCAUGACUGGAAGUGCCACAAAGUUGAUUUCGUGGUGAAAAGGCCGUCAGCAUCUGAUGUCUUGCAGAAUGUUGAUGAGGAUACUUGUUCAGAUGAGAGUUGUGGGGAAAUGGUUUCUGCUCAUUGGACCGAUGAGGAAAAAUCCAUCUUUAUACAGGCUGUCUCAUCUUAUGGUAAGGAUUUUGAAAUGAUUUCACGGUAUGUUGGUACAAGAACCAGGGAUCAGUGCAAGGUUUUCUUUAGCAAGGCUCGUAAAUGCCUUGGACUUGAUUUGAUACAGUCAACAACAAGAAACAUGGGUACUCCCAUGAGUGAUGAUGCCAAUGGUGGUGGGACUGAUACGGAAGAUGCUUGUGUACAAGAGAGCUUGGUUAUUUGUGGUGAUAAGUUGGGAUCUAAUGUGGAAGACAACUUACCUCCCACUAUUUUGAGCAUGAAUGAGGAUGAAUCGGAUCCUACCAGGGAAGUGAGUUUGCAAACUGAUCUGAUCAUGUCAGAGGGGAAUGAUGGGAGACUAGUAGAUCACCAAAACUCUGAGGCGGCGGAAGCUAUUUUUUCUGAUGUAGACCCAGCUGGGCCAAUUUCUGAAGGUGGUGCUGAUGAUAUGGAUGUUGAGAGCAAACAGGCUGAAUCACUACAGGUUCAGAUAAGUGUUGCUUUGGCCAAUUUAAGUGCUCUAAGAAAGCACAGUGAACGGGGUGUUUCUCUUGCUGUAUCCGCAUCUCAUGGUGGGUCAGUUGAUCCGUGUCUUUCUAGUUUAGAUGCAUCGGUUGAGCCCAAAUCUGAUGCUGCCUGGUCUACUGAGGGGUUUGGAAAUAAUUUGGAGGCACAGAAAACAUUGUUGUACAAAAAUGGUAUGGGUGAAUGUGAUGCAAAUUGCAGUGCGGAGACUGGCAGUCAAGUUACAUGUAGGCCUGAUUCAAAUAGAACUGGUUAUGAGUCCAUUGAUAAAAAUUUUGACGCUAAAGGUCUGCAUCAAGCCCCUCUUGACUUGGAUUUCGCCGGAAAGCCUUCAAUCUUAUUAUUCCCUGAUGAAAGCUCUUUUGCUAAAGUUUCUGCAUUACAUGAUUCUGGUACCUCUCAAUGUGAGAACAUAUGCAACCAAGAUAAGUUGUCAUCAACACUUGCUUAUCCGGAGACCGAAGACAAACAGGCUCACAAAGCUGUUAGCGGACAUGUGUCUGAUCAAUUUUAUGGAAAGCCCUUGGUGGAUCUUUCUGAACUGCAAAUCUCAACUUUAAAAGAAAUAAAUGGUGAUGUAGGGCGUAGUCAGUUGCCUGAAGUUAAAAGGCUUUCACCAUCAGAAAGGGGUGUUACUGGUUCAUUUUUGGCUCAUGAUUAUCUUCAUAAGUGCAAUGGUCAAAAAGCAGCAGCUGAGCUUCCACGACUGGUACAAAAAUUAGAGCAAGCAAACAGUCGGCAGAAAUCCCACUUUCGUAGUCUGUCAGAUACAGAAAAACCUUGCAGGAAUGGAAAUGUCAAGUUGUUCGGUCAGAUACUCAAUUCCAGUUCCCAAGACGAUGAAAAGGUGGCCCAUUUCUCAAGACAAAGUGCGAAGUGUUCAGAUUUGAACUUGACGGGUCGUAAAAAUGCUGAUGGAAAUAGAUCUUUCUCAAAGUUCGACCCAAACAUUAUUUUUGCACCUGAAAAUAUUCCCAAGAGAAGUUUUGGUUUCUGGGAUGGCAACAGGAUACAAACUGGGUUGUCAUCUUUGCCAGAUUCUGCUAUUUUAGUGGCAAAGUAUCCUGCUGCAUUUGUUAAUUAUCCUUCUUCAUCCUCGUCUCAAAUGGAGCAGCAGGCAUCACAGACUGUUGUUCGGAAUACUGACGGAAAUUUGAACGGUGUUUCAGUCUUUACCCCAAGGGAAAUAAACAGCAACAGCACUGUAAUGGAUUAUCAAGCGUACAGGGGCCAUGAUUGUACCAAGGUAGAACCAUUUACCACAGAUGGAAAGCAGCAACAAGGAAUGUUCUCCGAGAUGCAAAGACCAUAUGGUGGGCAGAGUGGGAGUAGAAUGAGGGAAGAGGAGUCGUGGAGAGGUAAGGGGGACAUGGACAUACGCAGGUAGUAGAAACCAAAUUCCUCGCUUGCAAAUAACUCUUUGCUGAACACUGUAUAAUAGGUUUUUUUGUAUUUGUUUCUAAUGGAUGUCAUGAUGAUAAGGGCAAGCAGUCCAGAAAGUCUUUUUUUUUUUGAGUUAGAAAGAAACAUUUUAGGUGGCCUUUGUAAUAGUUGCAGCAGCUGUCUUUGUAUUUGUAUUUGAUGGAAAAAUACACAAAUAAUCUGUCAAAAGUUUAGGGGGGCAAUCCUGCUAUUUGUCGUUUCUU